AUGGCAUCAAAGCUAGUUCAGUUGCAAUCCAAGGCUGCUCAAACCUCACAGUUUGUGGCUAAGCAUGGUUGUUCUUAUUACAGGCAGUUGCUUGAACAAAACAAGCAAUAUAUCCAGAACCCACCCACUGUUGAGAAAUGUAAUCUUUUGUCCAAGCAAUUGUUUUACACCCGCCUCGCCAGUAUUCCUGGGCGUUAUGAAGCAUUCUGGAAGGAGCUUGAUUCUGCCAAGCAACUGUGGAAAAACAGGAAGGAAUUGAAGGUUGAGGAGGUUGGCAUUGCUGCUCUGUUUGGGCUGGAGUGCUUUGGAUGGUUUUGUGCGGGUGAGAUUGUUGGUCGAGAGUUUACAUUUACUGGUUACUAUGUCUAA